AUGGCCGGGGCCACCGGCCCCGAAACGCAGCGAGGAGACGCCGAGCCUUCCCCUCCCCGCCGCGGUUCCUCGCUGCCCGAAACCGGGCACCGUCCGGCGGGCCUUGGCGAGGUCAGGAGCGACCCCCAGCCCCCGCAGCGGUGGUCAAAGCCCGGCCCAGCGGCACCAAAGCAGCGGGCGGAGAGAAGCGAGCCCCGGGGCGCUGGAGACCACUGCACUCCGGCCGCCCCUGCUCCGCCGGGGGGGGGGCGCCGCAACCCAAAGGACCAAGCCAGGCCGGCCAAUAGCUGCCGCCCGUGCCGAGCCGCCGACCAAUCGCUGCGCAGGACCCGGCUGCAGGCGUGCAGCGGCCAGGCAGACCCGCCGGGAAACGGCGCCAGCUCCCAAAGGUUCCUAAGCCGCUGGGGGCAGCCGAAUCCGCUCCUACAGCAGCGCCAGGAACUCCGUUUGGUUUCAGGGAACCCCAAUCCCAGGAACCGGCAACAGAUGCGUUCAUCUCAUGUUUGCACGGCAGCUGGCUUUGCGGUGCUGGCACAGCACAGGCUUUGCUGCUGCCUCCAGGAUCGUUCCUGCGUAAACAAGAAAGUCCUCGCAGUGCAAAGACUGCGGUCAAAAUCCACACAGCUGAGCACCUCGGACAAAUGGCGAACACAAACCCCAUCCAUGCGGCAUGUUCUCUUGACUCAGAAACGAGAAGACAGCUUGGAAUGGUGUGAGCUCUCUGUUCAGGCACAGCUUGCCAGCCAGGAUAAAAGAGCCAUCCUGGACAUUGUACCUGGCUGCUCCCUGCUUUCACUAACCAUUUCUAAUGCUCCUUUCAUCCCCUCAGUGCCUACAGACUUUGGCAAGCGUGUGUACCAGGGAGUGAGAGUGAAGCACACAGUCAAGGACCUGCUUGCUGAGAAACGAUCCAGGCAGAGCAGUGGCUCCCACUGCAGUGGCAGUACCAGCACACCACAGUCUCCCUUUGUCCAAAUGCCAGGCUCACCUACCAUGGCUGGUUACUACAGCAUCAGGAGAUCCUUGACAGCUGAGUUGGAUUUCUCCCACACAAAGCAAUUUGUCAGUGAUGCCUACUCAUCCCCUCUAGGGCCCAAGACCUUCUCCUGUGACUCCUCUGCCACUCAGGGUCACUCAGCACUCCUGGACCCCUAUCUCAGCGACCACUAUGGGGACUACCGUGCAGCUGCCCUCACAGCUGGUCCCAGCUCCUUCUUCAGCCCUUCUCCUGUGCCCCCUCUCCUGCCAUCCUUCCCCAGUGACACAGCGCACUGCCUACUCAGAGAGCCCUGGGAGCAAAGCUCACCAGACAGCCUCAGCCAGUCAGACAGUGCCUGCCCAGACCCCCUGCAAGCACUGCCUGCCAGUGCCAGCUGCCUCUCCCCACACGACUCUGGAGGUGUUUCCCCAUACCGAAGCUCAGGCUGGACCCAAGCCAUCCCUGGAGCCCAGCCUUACACUCUGCACCCUCUUGAAGAUGUCCACUACUCUCCCAGCUACUCUGCCACCUCACCCUACUCCUUCUCACCAUUCAUGACUGUGGCAAAUGAGCUUCCCCCCAGGAUGAGCCACCUCUCACCAGAGCAGUCCUCGGAGACACCACCCCUUCAUGAUAGCUCUGCUUGGGCAAAAGAGGAUGGGAGUCCCACCUGGGGGCCUUAUGAAGGCAGGAGAACUUACUGA